CAGCCCGCGGGACACCCGGCAGAGAAGCUCGGGCGGUGCGGAAGCGCGAGCGCGGGAGUUAGCUGUGCAGCCAUGGUGGGACACCUGAGCGAGGGGGCCAUCGCGGCCAUAAUGCAGCAGGGAGAUACAUCCAUAAAGCCCGUCCUUCAAGUCAUUAACAUCCGACCCAUUACUACAGGGAAUAGUCCACCCCGGUACCGACUGCUUAUGAGUGAUGGGUUGAACACGCUUUCCUCUUUCAUGCUGGCCACACAGCUGAACACCCUGGUGGAGGGGGGGAAGCUGGCCAGCAACUGUGUCUGCCAGGUCCACCGGUUCAUCGUUAACACCCUGAAAGACGGAAGGAGAGUAGUUAUUUUGAUGGACUUGGAAGUUGUGAAAUCUGCUGAAGACGUUGGAUUAAAGAUUGGGAAUCCAGUGCCCUAUAAUGAAGGAUAUGGGCAACAGCAGCAAGCAGCCCCUUCCCCAGCCUCCACAGUGACACCACCAGCCAGCAAGCCCCAGCCGCAGAAUGGGAGCUUGGGAAUGGGUUCCACUGUGGCUAAGGCUUAUGGUGCCUCAAAGCCAUUUGGAAAACCUGCUGGAACUGGCCUGCUGCAGCCGUCAGGUGGGACACAGUCUAAAGUGGUGCCCAUCGCCAGCCUCACCCCUUACCAAUCCAAGUGGACUAUUUGUGCCCGUGUCACCAACAAAAGUCAGAUCCGCACCUGGAGCAAUUCCCGGGGGGAAGGAAAGCUUUUCUCUAUAGAACUUGUGGAUGAAAGUGGUGAGAUCAGAGCUACAGCUUUCAACGAACAGGUGGACAAGUUCUUCCCCCUUAUUGAAGUGAACAAGGUGUAUUACUUCUCAAAGGGCACUCUGAAGAUCGCUAACAAACAAUUCUCAGCUGUUAAAAAUGACUAUGAGAUGACCUUCAAUAAUGAGACCUCUGUCCUUCCCUGUGAAGAUGGCCAUCACUUACCCACAGUUCAGUUUGAUUUCACAGGGAUUGGUGACCUAGAGAGCAAGUCUAAAGACUCACUUGUAGACAUAAUUGGAAUCUGCAAGAGCUAUGAAGAUUCAACUAAAAUCACCGUGAAGUCUAACAACAGAGAGGUUGCUAAGAGAAAUAUCUAUUUGAUGGACAUGUCAGGGAAAGUGGUGACUGCAACUCUGUGGGGAGAAGAUGCUGACAAAUUUGACGGUUCUAGGCAGCCUGUGAUGGCCAUCAAAGGCGCCCGAGUUUCUGACUUUGGUGGACGGAGCCUCUCAGUCCUAUCCUCUAGCACUGUCAUUAUGAAUCCUGACAUCCCAGAGGCCUAUAAGCUCCGUGGAUGGUUUGACUCAGAAGGACAAGCCUUAGAUGGAGUAUCCAUCUCUGACCUCAGGAGUGGAGGGGCCGGCGGGAACAACACCAACUGGAAAACCUUGUAUGAAGCUAAGUCAGAGAACCUGGGCCAGGGCGACAAGGCGGACUAUUUCAGCACUGUGGCAACGGUGGUGUUUCUUCGCAAAGAAAACUGUAUGUACCAGGCCUGCCCAACCCAGGACUGCAAUAAGAAAGUGAUUGACCAGCAGAAUGGGUUGUACCGCUGUGAGAAGUGUGACCGGGAAUUUCCCAAUUUCAAAUACCGCAUGAUCUUAUCGGCAAAUAUUGCAGAUUUUCAGGAGAACCAGUGGGUGACAUGUUUCCAAGAGUCUGCGGAGGCCAUCCUUGGACAGAACACUGUGUACCUUGGGGAACUCAAAGAGAAGAACGAGCAGGCAUUUGAAGAGGUUUUCCAGAAUGCCAACUUUCGAUCAUUUACAUUCAAAAUCAGGGUCAAGCUGGAGACCUACAAUGAUGAAUCUCGAAUUAAGGCCACUGUGAUGGACGUGAAGCCCGUGGACUACAGAGACUACAGCAGAAGGCUGAUCAUGAACAUCAGGAAGAACAUUUGAUGUCAGCAAGUACCACUGGUGGCCAGACUUGGAGAGCGAAGAACGGAAAUAGAAUGGCUUCCUUCCCACCCCCAUGCAAUAGCUCCACAAUGAAGCUCCUCUAGGGGAGACUGGCAGUCUGUCUGGGCCCUCUUGGGACUCAUCGAUAGGCAAAAGACAGUGCUCAGAGGCUGUGUAUAGACCUUUAGUGCCAGCUCUCGGCUGCCACGUAGCAGGGCAGCAGUCCCUUCUGUCUUCCGGCUUUGUCGGAUUCAAUACAAUUUUGUUAUCUUCAAACAGGAAUUAUGCCACAAGUCAUUGACCCUACUCUGGAUAACGAGGCAGAUUAUGUAACCUGGAGUUUGCUUUUCCAGUGGUGGCACCUUUUUAUCUUGAGUUCCUCCUGGAGGGGGUAAGAGUGGGGGAGAACCCAGGUGUUUAGAAGGGUGUGUCUGCCUGAAAUCAAAGGCUCGAUUUUGCAGAGAGACCACCACAUGGUUGUUAAUGCUUGGAUUGGCAAAAAGGUAGAAUUAUUAAUCAAAGGCCUACCGUUAAUAUCUGAAUAUCCUUCCUUCAGGGUUUAAUAGGUUUAAUAGACUGAGUCAGAUGAAUCUGAUAUUAAUCAAAAUUGUCUCUUCUGAGGACAGCUGAUAAGCAUUGACUUGCUGUCCCCUUAGGGAAAAGCAAACCCCAAAUUGCAUAAUUUACCUCAUUAUCCACAGAGUGGGGUCAGUUACAUGUGACAUAAUUCCUGUUUGAAGAUAACAAAAUCUUAGUAAAUCAACAAAGCCUGAAGACAGAGGUGGCCCUGGGACAUCCAGGCCGCUACAGUGCGUUACCCGAGUUUCCACUCAGUUAACGUUACGUUCGGUUGCCAGAUGGACCUGUACCUGUAUUAAAGCUAUGUUAAAUAGAACUUAAGAAAGAAGCCCUUUGUUUCCCUUGCUUUGUUUAAAUAAACAGUAUAUAUCUUGUGGAUCCCA